UCCAUCUUGAGUCUCUUGCAGGUCACUGGUCGAUGAUACCAUUGUUCCUGUUACUACUACAGCCAUUAUCGGUGCUCUUGGGGCCUUAAUUUGUCUGUCCUCAAACGACAACAGGGUCCUCGCACCAGUCUCCAUUCUCAUGUCAUAUGUGUGAAAUCUCUCCGUAUCUCUCGGAAUGGCUCCUACACCAGCGGAUAGGGCGGCGAGAGCCAUGGCUGCCGCUCCAUGGAGGUCCUCCAUCUGCAUUGUCUCGGCACCGUAAAGUAGUCGGCGCUCAGUAUCCUCGUAAGGACGUUGUGACGGUUGCGAAGCUGGUUGUGGCUCAAUAGAGAUGGCCUGGUCGCUUUGUCGGUCGUUCUCAACAGUUGCAACUUCUAGAUAGGUGUCUGCGGCUUUGAGGGGCAAGGGUCGUCUGAGCUGGGGAUCAGCCAUUCAAUAGCUUUUUCUUAUGAGUUGGUCGUAAAGCGUAUCAGGAGUGAUGGGCACUUUGGUUUGAGGAUAUGCUCUUUACGCGUAUGGCACAGGGUUGCUAUUGAUUUGCAGGCAGAGAAGCAGGGAAUGAGGAGAGCAGUGGGCGGAGUCGUUUUGAUGAUAGGGGCCGGGCCAGAUGGUGUAGGAGAAGGUCGUACAGGGUUGGUGUAGGUGGGAUGCUUGCUGUGCUGGAAAAUGAAAUAAAAAACAGGUCAUUCAUAAAAGUUUAAAUGGUGUGCACACAACACUGGAGACAAACAAGUGUGCGCGGAAGGAUGAAUGAGAUGAGAGCGGUGGAUGCAAUGAAUGAAGCGAAAUGAGUGGAAUGGAG